CUAAUUUCUUUUCUCUUUCUCUCCCAGUCUCUCUCUCACCUGCCCCCUUUCUCCAUCAUUAUUUUCCACUUCGUCCCUUCCUCUCCAAUUUCCUUUCCCCCCUUUCCAACACCCUCAAUUCAACUCCUUCCUCCAAAAUUCCGCCGGCAAAUCAUGUGACAUCAUCAUAUCACGGCCGCCGCUCUUCUCACCCUUUCCACAAGCCAUGAAUUUCGUAAACAAGCUCGGUUUGGUGCUUACCGUCGUCUUCGUGAUCUCCCUCGUCUUCCUCUCCCUCCAGAUCCUCUACCUCCUCUGGCGGAAGAGGCGCUUCCAGCAGACUGCCGGCCCCGCCGAGUUCGGCAGCAGCGGAGGAGGAGACCACCACCACCACGACCAGGCGUCGGCUCUGUCGCCGUCCAAGGAGCUGCUCUACUUCUUCUGCUGGAAGAAUUACCAGGCCAGCCGAAUCGAACCGGCCGACGCCGCCGUCUCCGUCUCCGUCGGGGUGGUCCCGGCAGCAGCAUCGGCCCCGACUGAGGAAGACGAGGAGCUGGAGGAGAUGCUGAAGCUUCACCAACUGUACGGCGCGUCGAGGGCUCUGUUCACGAUCAAGGAAGAAACAGAGAGGGAGGAGAUCGAGAACGACAGCGCGGCUUCUCUGCCGCAAAACGCCGUCGUUACAGGAGAGACGAUGAAGAAGACGACCGAUGUUGGACAACGAAAAGAAACGACGGAUGUUUUGACGGUGACGGCGCGGGAAGUGGUGGUGGUGAUUGACUUUGACGGCGAGAGCGACGACGACGAUGAUGAUGAAGCGACGCUGUUUAGGACGCCGUGCGGUUCCCCGCCUUACUACACGCCGUCGCCUUCACCUCCUCGCGAUCAGGACAGGCAAGACCCAGAGGCCCGUCUUAUUACUGUCAAAAUAGCCGGCCGUUAGUUUGUUUGUUCGUCGAUUAUUGUUCAUAUUCUUAACGGUAGUUCCCCCCUUCCGCCGGUUCGUCACCGGCCGGCCAGGGUUAAAGCCACGUAGCAGCUUUCCCUUUUCUUUUUUUCACUUUCACUUUCACUUUCACUUUUUUUGUUUAUUAAUUUGAAAACUUAUUUAUUUAUUUAUCAACUUUUGAAAUGGGGGUGUAAAUUUGGAUUUGACGGGCUUUUAAUAAACCGCAAUCUGCCCGAUCUAGUUCCCAGUAAGUAGGCCCGGCCCAGUGCUCGAUCGUUGCCACGUAAGCGACGGUGGGAACCGUCGGAUUUACUGCGGUGGGGAAAGAGAGGUCGUAUUUUAAAUUUCGGAGGCGGUGGGUGACAGCCGGCAGCGACAGUAAUAAUGGUGUGGGAGCAGUAAAAGAGGGAGGCAAAGAGGCGGUGGGAGUAAAUAAUUAAUUUUGUGACCGUUGGUGUUAUUAAUUGAAUAACGUUUGGACGCAAAUUAAAUUUACCCUUUUUCCAGAUUCCAAGCUAUGAUUGAGAUUUGAGAAGCCGCGCAGUAAAUGUAGUAAUACACAGAUUUUGCAAAU